AUGAGGGGUUACCUGAAAACAACGGGGUGGGUAUUUAAACUCCAGGCCGAAACCACUACAGUAGGAACACAUAGGGAUUGCGAUUUAUGUUUACAGAAUGGAGGAGUUGAGGAGCAUCACGCCCUGAUCGAAUGGAGCAAAUCAGAGCCAUGCUUUGUGCUGAGUGACCUGAACUCUGCCCAUGGUACAUAUGUCAACGACUGUCGUAUCCACAAUGCAGCUGUGCGUCUAACCCCAGGAGAUGAACUGCACUUUGGCUAUGGAGGCUCCACCUACCAGCUAGCUGUGGAUGGCAAUACUUCUGCCCCUGUUGCGUGGGUAUGGGGGCGAUCAUCUGUCACCCCUCAUCCCCCUAGCCGSGCUCGACCAGCCAGUGCUGGGACCAAACGGACUGGGCAGAGCAUCCCCUCUGAACAACAAGGGACAACCUCACGCAGACCAGGAAGUUGGACUGGACACACAGGAAGCGGGCCCCCUCAGAGAACCGGAGCAGUGGCAUCUGAAAGCUCUCAGACCAUGCAGCACCUCUUACAGGAGAAGGUGGGCAUCUGUCUGGAGGAGAGGCUGCUGCGGCUAGGAGACGAGAUCAGCAGGCUGGCUGUGUUUGAGAGUGAGUCCCAGAGGAAGGACAGGGUGAUUGCAGGGCUGAGGGACGAGAUGUYAGCUCUCAGACACCAGCUGACCCAGAGCCAGCAGACCGACCAGGAGAUCAAACACAGGCUGCUCAGUCUGGAGAGGGACAUCAAUGACAAGAGGGAGCAGAUCGAAAGGAUGAAGGAGCAGAUGGUAGAGCUGCAGAGGGGCUCCAGUGAGGUGUUUAGGCAUUCUGUCACCGAGCGAGACCUAAAGAUCUACAACCUAAGAGGUCAGAUGGAGAGACUGAAGAGGGAAAGCAGCACUGCCUCAGGUCUGGUAAGGAGCUUACAGAGAGACCUCAAUGCGAGGGAGAAGCAGGCUCUGAAACUGGCAUCUGAGGUGGACAGACUCCGGCAGGACAUCCGACACAAGGACAUCCAACUGGGGGCUACUGCCACCAAGGUCUCCAUUGUUUUUGAGUAUAUUUCGCAGAAUCUAGUCAUAUAA